AUGGCUUUAUCCUUGGCCCGCGGUCCGUUGCCCGCGUUCCCUGCAGCAGUGCGAACCACUGGCAUUGCUGCGCAGGUGCGCCGCGCGGGCGGCGCGCAGGGCACUGCUGCCUGGCACUCCUUGCGCGCCCUGGCGUUGUGCGCUGCAGGAGUGGCCAAGGCCCGGCGAAGAUCGGUGAGGUUUUGCUGCGGGACCGUUCAGGCAGAGCAGGCUGAGAAGUUGGUCCCUGGGCUGCGUCUUUGGCCAGGCUUCCUCAGCGAGGCGGAAGGCGAGCAGCUGGCGCAGUUCCUGGACACGAAGGAGCCCUCCUGGACCAAGGAGCAGUUUGGCGUGCCCACGCUGUACCGAGUGAAGCAUUUCGGCAUCCUGGGCUCUCUGAGGCCAAGGGUGGUGCGACUGCCUGACCCCGAGAAGGGUGAAGUGGACAUGCCCGCCGAGGGCAUCAUGGCUGAGGUCGCCCAGCGCCUGGGGCAGCCGGGCCUGCCCUGGAGCAAAGUCCUCAAGGGCUUCCAGCCAAACGAGGCGAAUGUCAACGCCUACAGCCAGGCAUCCUCCCGAUUGCUUCUGCAUUGGGACGACCGGGGUCUCUAUGAGGAGCCGGUUUGCUCCGUGACGGUGCAGGGGGACUGCGUCAUGACCUUCCGCCUGGGCGGGCGGUCCAACUUGAAGGCGCCAGAAGCAGGUGACGGCACUGAUGAGGCGCCCACAGUUCGGGUGCGGGUGCCGCCUUUGUCGCUGCUGGUGCUGCGGGGCGCUGCACGCUAUGAGUGGCAGCACGGGAUUCCGGAGACGGAGGAUUUCCUCAGCGAGCGCCGCACGGCCAUCAUCUUCCGCCGCGUGCGGGGUGCCGAUCAAGCCAAAGCUCGGCAGGCGGAAGGCCUUCUUUCCGGAGCAGAAAGGCCGCACCUGAAAGCGAUGGUCAUCAGCACCAACUGGCCGGACCCGGAAGUCUCCGCGGCGGGCCGGGUCACCUCCGGGCGGCUCCGGGUGCUGCGGCGUCUGGCCGGGGAGGAGAGGGGGCCAUCACAUUCGCAUCCCCGGCCCGGCCUGGGAACGCUCAAGGGAAGCUGUCAGCGGCAAAUGAUGUGA